AUGGGCGUAAUAGGACGCGCCAUAGUAGAGGUCGGCUCUAAACUAUCAGGCGUUGUUGCGAACCUGGUCCAAGAGAAAACAAAUGGUUCAUCACGACUAGGGACAUUUCUGUUUCCAUUACUAGCCUUCUUCUUGGGCAACCUAACACCAGAUGGGCAAUAUCCGUGGGGAAACCUAACAGACUGGGGCAACAAUCAAUACACCGAGUGUCCCAUAACAGGAGCAGUGAGAACCUACGACUUUGUCAUCAGCCGAGGAGUCAUUGCACCAGAUGGAUACCAAAGGGACGUCUUGCUGGUCAACGGCGCCUUUCCCGCCCCCCUGAUCGAAGCAAACUGGGGUGAUAAGAUCGUUGUCAACGUCUUCAACAACAUCUCUUCUCCGGAGGAGGGCACAUCCAUCCACUGGCACGGUUUCCUCCAUCAAGAUACCCCCUGGGACGACGGCGCACCCGGUGUCUCUCAAUGUCCCAUCGCUCCCGGCAAGUCAUACACCUACGAGUUCAAAGCAAGCCUCUACGGCACAUCCUGGUACCACGCCCACUACUCGGCGCAAUACGCCGGCGGCAUCGUCGGCCCCAUUGUCGUCCACGGCCCUACCCAGACCAAGUACGACAUCGAUCUCGGCCCCGUCAUGCUCUCCGACUGGUACCACCGCCCUUACUUUGAUCUGAUCAAGGACAUGCUCGCCCCCGGCGGCUCGCCCCGCGUGCCCUCGGACAACAACCUCAUCAACGGCAAGAUGAACUUUGAUUGCGCCGCCGCUGCCGCCGCAGGCGACAAGACCCCCUGCACGCCCAACGCAGGUAUCGCCAAGUUCAAGUUCCAAACCGGAAAGACGCACCGGCUGCGGCUCGUCAACUCCGGCGCCGACGGCGUCCAGCGCUUCUCCAUCGACGGACAUACCAUGACCGUCAUUGCAAACGAUUUCGUCCCCGUCAAGCCUUACAACGUUACAGCCAUCUCGCUCGCGGUCGGUCAGCGCGCCGAUGUUCUCGUCACCGCCAACGCGGGAACUCCCCAAUCCGCCUUCUGGAUGCGCUCCGAUCUAACCAGAUGCUCAGCCUCCAAGCAGCCUCUCGCUCUAGCAGCCGUUUACUACGACCAAGCCGACCCCGACUCUCAACCAGCCAGCCGGCCAUGGGCAGACGCGGGGGAUCCGAACAGGAACUGCGGCGCAAGCGACGACUUGGACACCAGGGAACCGCUUUACCCUAUUCCCGUCACCGAAACCCCGGCUGUGACGAAGGAGAUGAAGAUCGAAGCCUACCGAAACGCGUCGGAUAUCUUCCUUUUCAAGUUCGACGCCGUCAGUUCCCGGGUAGAUUACAACCACCCGGCUUUGGACAUGGUUACAAGGGGAAAUCUGAGUUUCCCCGAGGUGUGGAACGUCCGGGAUUUUGGCGACGCCAAAACGAUCAGGAUCGUGGUGAAUCACCACGGCCCGGGGCCGCACCCGAUGCACCUCCACGGACACAACUUCUACGUCUUGUCGUCUGGCCCGGGCAACUGGGAUGGCAAGACCAUCACCCGCCCAAGGAACCCCGUAAGACGAGAUGUGGAGAUUGUGAGGCCGAGUGGACACUUGGUGCUGCAGUUUGAUGCGACGAACCCCGGCGUGUGGGCUUUCCAUUGCCAUAUUGCGUGGCAUGCGUCGGCGGGGUUCUUUUCGAGUUUUGUGACUCAGCCGGAGGAGAUAGAGAGACGAUGGGGAGGACUAGGGAAGCCCAGGAAGAUGGAGCAGGUGUGUGGGGAGUGGGACGCGUGGAGCCAGAUUAAGGUUGUUGAUCAGAUUGAUAGUGGGACAUAA